CUUGUUUUGUAUGUGUACCAGAUAAUAAAUUAAAAUUUAGUUUCAGAAAUAUGAAAGUACUGAUCGCAGUAGCCUGUUUGGCAGCACUUGCCUACGCCAACGAAGAGGCGUGGAAAAAUUUCAAAGCUGGAAAGCAAUACAAAUCUAUAAUCGAAGAGCGUCUCCGCUACCAAAUUUUCUUGAACAAUGUCCAAAUGAUUGAAGAACACAAUGCCAAAUAUGAACAGGGAUUGGUUACUUUCAAAAAAGCAGUAAAUCAAUUUGCUGACUAUACUGCAGAAGAAUUCAAGGCUUUCUUGAAACUUAGCGGUUCAGCUAAGAAAGUUAAGUCCACAGAAGUUUUCAAACCCACUAAAUCCGCUCCAUCCUCUAUCGACUGGAGAGCAACUGGCGCCGUUACACCAGUAAAAGACCAAGGCAGCUGUGGAUCUUGCUGGUCAUUCUCUGCUACUGGUGCUUUGGAAGGACAAAACCAAAUCCAAAACGGAAAACUUGUUUCCCUCUCCGAACAAAACUUGGUUGACUGUUCCAGUUCCUAUGGAAACUACGGAUGUAACGGUGGUUUGAUGGUAGCCGCUUUCGAAUAUGUCAGAGAUCACGGAAUCGAGAGUGAAGCUGCUUACCCAUACACCGGUCGUGACGGCUCUUGCAAGUAUGACUCUAGCAAGUCAGUCCUCACUGUUAGCGGAUACACCGAAAUCUCCGAAGGUGAUGAAGACGAUCUUGUUGAAGCUAUUGGUACCGUUGGUCCAAUUGCUGUCGCCAUUGAUGCCACCAACGAACUCCAAUUCUACAGCUCUGGAAUCUUUACUGAUAAUACCUGCUCCGAAUAUGCUUUGAACCACGGUGUUCUUGCUGUUGGUUACGGAUCUGACAACAUUAUCGUUAAAAACUCUUGGGGAACCAGUUGGGGAGAAUCUGGCUAUGUCAGAUUCAAGCGUGGAUCUAACUUGUGCGGUAUUGCUUCCAUGGCUAGCUACCCAAGAUUGUAAUUUAAUAUCAUUUUAAAUAAAACUGCAAUAUAGA